CCGCUGCGCCGCUUAGCAAAUACUUUUUCUGUUCGCUGUGAUACGUUUGAGAGUCGCUAUUUGAGUUUCCACAAGCAUGGCGACGAUGCUUGGCAGGACGGCAAUGAAGCAAGAUCCCGUCGCUGCGGCGAAAGAGCAGGCAGAAGACAUACCGACAGACGUGGUGCGAGGUGUCGACAGUGAGGGUAGUGUGUCUGGGCGAAGUCGAGAUGAACAGGAGCUUGGGCUAGCGCGGACAGUCACUGGGCCACCGUACAGCAUUUUUACACCUCGAGCCAAGAUCUUCAUCGUGGUGGCGGUGUCCAUCUCGUCCUUGAUCUCGCCUUUCGGAGGAACGACAUUCCUCCCAGCUCUGGAACCCUUAGCUCGUGACUUGCAUGUCACUCCGACACUGAUCAAUCUGUCACUGACCACCUACAUGAUUGCACAAGGCAUUGCUCCGGCUUUGAUAGCGGGCAUGUCAGACAGCAAUGGCCGAAGGUUGUCGUACAUCAUUUGCUUCGUCAUUUUCAUGGUUGCAAAUAUCGGCUUGGCUCUACAAACCAGCUAUGCUGCGCUGCUGUGUUUGCGGAUGGUACAGGCGUUCGGCUGCAGCGCCGCGAUCGCUCUGAGCACUGCUGUAGUGGCUGACAUCUCGACGAGCGCCGAGCGCGGCAGAUACAUGGCGUAUGCUACUGCCGGGCUCUUGUUGGGUCCUGCCUUUGGUCCCACUAUUGGCGGAGUAUUCGCGGAGUACCUGGGGUGGCGCUGGACAUUCUGGUUCCUCGUGAUUUUCACAGGAGCGCUUCUGGUGGUGUUCAUUCCAUUCUUUCCUGAGACGUGCCAAAAUGUCGUCGGCAAUGGCUCAGUGCCAGCUCAAGGCAUCAACAAAUCGCUGGUGGGCACUUGGCAGAGAAAGAAGUACAGCCAAAAUUUGCCAGUACGCGAUGAUCAGUCGACGAACUCUGGCGCUGGCUUGAAGCCAAAGCUCAGCUUUCCGAAUCCUCUGCUCAUGCUGAGAGUGCUAUUCGACAAAGAAAGCAGUAUUAUUCUGCUGUACAACGGGUUCUUCUUUACCGGUAUGAUGAUGGUGGUGGGAUCUGUUCCAACAUUAUUCACAGAGGUCUAUGGCUUGAGUACUCUUGAUGUUGGCCUUUGCUACAUCGCGCAAGGCGCUGGUUCGAUGGCUUCAACUUUGACGAUGGGCCAGGUUGUCGACUGGAACUUCCGACGUCACGCUCGGAGACUGAACAUGACCAUUUCCAAGGGAAAGCAGCAAGAUCUCGCGAAUUUUCCGAUCGAACGAGUGCGAUUGCAAAUCGUCGUGCCAACUCAUAUUGUGGGCACGCUCGGUAUCAUCCUUUUCGGCUGGACCCUGCACUUUGAGACUCACCUGGCUGGCCCAGAAGUCGCGCUCUUCUUGAUCGGAUUCGGUGUGAGCACGGCUUUCAGCAUCACCAACACCCUGCUGAUUGAUCUGCAUCGGGAUAAGCCGGCUACGGCCACUGCUGCAGUGAAUUUCGUCCGGUGUUUGAUGUCUGCCGCAGGUGCCGCAGCAAUCAUCCCAAUGUGCAAUGCGAUGGGCAGAGGCUGGGCUUUCACGUUCCUAGCACUAAUCUAUGCUGUGCUUUUGGGUGCAGUAUUCUGGAUCAUGGCCAAAGGGUUGAGCUGGAGAAAGCAGGCUGCGGAGCAAGCGCGAAGAGCCAAUGAGCGAGUGCACAAUGCGGAGGAUGCCGAUGAAAAGUCGGUAGAUGAGAGCAAGCAUCCGGUGGAGCAACGAACCGCGCAAGUCAAGUCAUCUUGAUCGGUGCGGCUGCGAGUUUUAGAAUUUCGAGGCUGAAGGCUUCAAGGUCCAGCGGCACAUUAUUCUUGAAGCUGUUGAACAUCCCCGCACUCCCAAUACGGCCGGAGCAUCCGUGCAUGACUGUGAGCCACCCGUCUUAUCAUUCGACGAACGUCUAUGACUGGUCUUUGUCCCCCUCUGCCUUGAGCGCGUCGGUUCGCAGCUGAUUCCUCUUUCCCAGUAUUCGUAAGGUGGCCUUCUUCUCUUGCUCUGUCAUCCCUUCCCAAUUGCUGAUUCUGGACAGAGUCCCGUCCUUGUUCACGACCAGCGGCCCAAGGUGGUCGAGCUUGACCGUAUCGGCACCACUCGACAGGUCCAGCUUCGUAGCUUCAUCUUCGGUUGCAGGGGCUGGGAGGCCCAGCGGCGCUCCAUUCUCAUCCAGUACGGGAGCGUCUGUGGCUGGAGUCGGCUUCGCCGAAGGAGCAGAUGGCGCUGCCAUGGCGGUGAAUGAGGUGUUGAAGCUUGCGGAUUGGCCAGCGAAUGGCGCGAAGGACGGCUUGCGCAGCGUCGGCGCUGUUCGAAAUGUACUCAAAUAUCGCAUGAGGGCGCUGCCUGGCUCUUUCAGUUGGAGACCUAGCAGAAUGGCAGUGAUGGCUAUAAGCAGAGUUACAAGGAGCCUGGUCUGGUGUGACAUGGAGAACUUUCUCGAAGCCUUUCAAUGCGCGAAGGCUUCGCCGGAAGACACCUACACCGUGCACAGGAGCAGACGUCGCCUCGCGGUAUCUGGGGCUGCUCUCGUUGCGGUAACGUGGCUGGUGGCUUGGAAAAAGCCCGACCGCAGGUUCUUGGAGAGAAGCAAGCAGUUGCAAGCCAGAAGCCAGAUCUCUCAUGUACUGC